GGUCAUGUGACUGACUGCGGGGGACGGAGAUGUCGGGGUGGAACCAUGCUGUCUCUGGUAUGUGUGUGCGCACAGAAGGUGGUGAGUGACCAUGCCUCCCUCCUCCGGACGUUGGACUCCAUUCCCCGUGAGCUCUACCCAACGCUCUUCACUGCCGCCUUCCUGGGGAGGAAGACUCUGGUCCUGCAGGACCUGGUGCAGCGAUGGCCCUUCACCAUCCUCAGCUUCCAGGAGCUGCUACGAGGCGACAAUGGCCAGCUCCACCAUAACCCUAGCCGGAUGUCCACUCAGACUGUCAUUCUGGGUGUCAUGGCUUACCUGAGUGACGCGCUGAGCCGAGAGAAUGGGGCGGAGAGGGGGCGUCGUUUGCGUCUCCUGGACAUGACGGGUGCCCAUGACGCAGUCCCGGAACAAGGCCCCGACUCGAUGAGCCUGUGGUCACGCACGGUGACGCUGGCCAAGGCGUGUAUCAAGCUCUCCAAGAGAUGCCGCCACAAAGCCACACAAGCGGCAAAAAGGCGGCGCGGACACGAAGAUUCUGCGCUGGCCCCUCCUGCUUCCCUCGACUCCGUUUACGUGGAGGUGCGAGUGGACCUUUUCGUGAACAGCACUUCAUACUCCGUCCUGCAGGAGGCUGUCCAGGUCAGCGCGCGUGGGCCCCUGCGUCUGCGGUGCCGUGACCUGCGGGCCGAGGAGCUGUCCCUGCGGAACACAGUGGAGCUGCUGGAGCUCCUGGACCCGGCAGGGCUGCGCCAGAUCGACCUGCGCUUCAAUAACCUCGGCCUGGGUGGCCUCAACGCCCUUCUGCCCACCAUGGUGAAAUUCAGCUCCCUGCGCAGCCUCAAACUGCCGUACAGCAACAUCGACGUCCGACGCCUGACUUCCGACACGGAGGACGCCAUGAGGAAAUUCGCCACGCUCAUCGGGCAGCUGAGAUCCCUGAAGGAGUUGAAUCUCGGAUCCUCCCGCCUCUCCGGGCACCUGCGACAGCUGCUGGGGGGCAUCCAAGAGCCACUGGAGAGUUUGGAAUUGGCGUUCUGUUUCCUCCUCCCGGCAGAUUUGUAUUAUUUGUCCCAGAGCCCCCACGCCGCGACCCUGAAGAAGGUGGACCUGAGUGGGAACAACCUGUCGGAGCUCCUCCUCCCCCCCUUCCAGCAGCUGCUGGCUGCCGUCUCCUCCUCCCUGCUCCAUCUGGACGUCAUGGAGUGCAAGCUGAACGACUCCGCCCUGUCGGCGCUGGUGCCCGCCCUCUGCCGCUGCUCCCGCUUGCAGCACCUCGGACUCUGCUGUAAUCCGCUAUCCUCCCAGGGACUGAGGACUCUCCUCCAGAACUGCGCGUGGCUCCGGGAGCUCCGGCUGGUGGUCUACCCGUGCCCGGUGGACUGUUACAGCGAUGUGGCGGACUGGGUGGCUUCUCGCGGCUCUCCGCCGCACAGCUUCGUCGGCCAGGAGAAGCUUGCACUGUUCUCGGCGGAGCUGCAGGUGAUGUUGGCGAGGGCGGAGCGGACGGACAUCGUGUGGACGAUGGAUAUGCGCGUUCACCGAAACCUGGACUACCUGAGCCUAUAGUGCCGAAAGUCACCGGAAUAGGGACUU